CUCCCCUCCCGCUUUCGGGGGAGGGCCCCACGUGACGGCCCCCCUUUCCCCGCAGACGCGUGAAUGGAGCUGUGUCUUUAAGGGGGAAGCGCGGCGGUUUCCGUCCGGGACAAAAUGUCAGCGAGGCGCCUGGAGGGGGAGCGGCCGUCGCGGACUCCUGACCCGCCGCCGGCUCCGGCCGCGCUUCGCGGGUGACGGGCGUGCUGGCGCCGCAGAAUGAGGAGUGGCGAGCCGGCCCGCACCAUGGACGAGGCCAGCGGGCGGGACGACGCGGCGGCGCGGGGCGGUCCGUGUCCGGGACUGGGGCCGGCGCCGACGCCUCCCGGCCGCCUGGGGGCGCCGUACUCCGAAGCCUGGGGCUACUUCCACCUCGCCCCGGCGCGCCCCGGGCACCCGUCGGGCCACUGGGCCACCUGCCGUCUGUGCGGGGAGCAGGUGGGCCGCGGCCCCGGCUUCCACGCGGGGACCUCGGCGCUGUGGCGGCACCUGAAGACUGCGCACCGGCGGGAGCUGGAGAGCAGCGGCCCCCGACGCUCGCCACCGGCCGCGCCCAGCCCGCCGCCACCCGGUCCUGCCGCGGCCCCUGAGGGCGACUGGGCGCGCCUGCUGGAGCAGAUGGGCGCGCUGGCCGUGCGCGGCAGCCGGUGGGAACGGGAGCUGGAGCGGCGCGAGGCGGCCGUGGAGCUCGGCGAGCGCGCCCUGGAGCGGAGGCGGAGGGCGCUGCAGGAGGAGGAGCGCGCCGCGGCCCAGGCGCGCCGGGAGCUGCAGGCCGAGCGGGAGGCGCUGCAGGCGCGGCUGCGGGAGGUGAGCCGCCGAGAGGGCGCCCUGGGCUGGGCCCCAGCCGCGCCGCUGCUCAAGGACGAGCCCGAGGCGGAGCGGGACGGCUGCGUCAUCACGAAGGUUCUCCUGUAGGGGACUGGCCACUUCCCAACCCCAGCCCGUCUCUUCUCCGACGGGACCGAGGCGGGCCCGCAGCCGCUACUCACUCGGAAGCUCCCGCUAACUGUAGGGCUUUCCUCGCCCUAAGGCUUCAGCUUAAGAAGCAUUUCAAAGCCAAAGCAGAAGCAAAACUCACCUCCACGGGGUGGUCACCUGAGGUGCCUGGGUAGUCUUUCGUGGGCAUGCAUCCAGAGGAUGGGGUGGCACAUGGGACACCGGAGAGCUCCAGCAGCUCCGUGAACCCACAGCACCCCGUGUCAUGACGGCUUAGGGUUGGGAACCUGAACCUGGUGACUUUGAAAGGACAGAGCUUCAUUGCAUACCAAAGACUUGUCAUACCACGUGCCUAUACACCCAGCCCAAGGUAGAGGGUGCGCGGAAAUGAGAACGUUUUUUACCCCCAAAAAGAGUUCCUAAUGCA